GUAUACUUUUCCAAACAAUCGUAAUGAGAUAAAUGUGUACUUUUAUUCCGUUAUGACAUAAUGGGAAGUGUGGUACUAAUUAUUUCUUAAGGGUCUAACAUCUUUGCUGAUAAACGUAGAGGGAUAAAUAGAAAUUUAAAGAAUCCUUCGUUGUAAAUGAGAGAUGAUGCGAUUAGAUCUAUAAUUUUUGUGACAAUGUACUGUGCCGCGAUACACAUUCUCCGAUUUUAUGUGUGAAUAAUGACGGAGCCGGAACUAUGCCGGCUCUGUGCCGAGACCAAAGAAAACUGUAUUGGAAUUUAUGAUGCUGAAGGACGAAAGUUAGCUAUAGAAGCUAAAAUAGCUAAAUGCUUGCAGAUUCAGGUAUUAAUAACUGAUGGAUUACCACUUACAGUUUGUAUAGACUGUUGUAUACUGUUGAAUCAGUGCAAUGAAUUUUUUGAGAAAACUAAUCAAGCACAAACAUCUCUAAAGCAAUUACUCAUAGAUCCUAAAUCUGAACCACAAUCAUUACAAACGAGCAUUAACUAUAUUGAAAAGACAGUUGCAUUUCCGAAAGAAGAAGAAGUUGCAGAAGGAAUUGUUGAGUGUCAUUUGACAAAUAACUACAUUCAUGAAUCUAAUAUUUCAUGUAACUACUUUGUUGAAGAAAACAAGAACAGUAAUCAUCAAAAAUAUGAAGCUAAGGAGGCCCAAGAUAUUGUGAAACAAAAAAAGUGUAAAAUUCAAAUGAAGAAAACACCAUUAAAACAGACCAGAAAGAGAUUAAAACGGAAAAGUCAGAAUCAAAAGAUGGAAGAUUCAAAUAUGUAUAUAAAUUCUGAUUUAGAGAAAGAACAUAAUAAUAUAAAUGUAAAAACUAAUGUUAAAAUUCCAGAUAACUAUAUGACAGGUACAGAUUCAGAUUUAGAAAUGAUAGAAGCACAUACAACAGAUACGUUAAAAUUUGGACAUAAAAGAGGAGAGACUUUAGAUAGAUAUCCGUGGCUUUGCACGGAUUGUAACGAUAAAUUAUCAAGUUUAGAAGGAUUAGAAGAGCAUCACGAAACUGUUCACAAUCAACAAGCAAAAUAUAUGUGUGUACUAUGUUGUAAAGUUUAUGAUAAAUAUUAUGGUUUUCUCACGCAUGUCAAACGACAUAAGAAUAAGGCAAAGUUCAGUUGCGAAGAUUGUGGGAAAUCAUUUGUACAUAAAAAAGUAUUAGAUUCUCACAAAGCAAUUCAUAGUGAAGAACGGCCUCAUGUAUGUCAAACUUGUGGAAAAGCAUUUAGACAACAAAGUGCUUUAUAUAUACAUAGUCGAUGUCAUUUACCGGAUACGAUGAAGAAUAGAUUUCCUUGUGACCAGUGUGACAAAAGAUUUUCAACAAAACCGAAUUUAGUUACACAUAAGCGCAUCCAUUCUGGUGUUAGAAAUUUUACAUGUGAUCAAUGUGGCAAAAGUUUUAUUCAGAAAGGAAAUCUAGAAGCUCAUUUUUUAACUCACUCUGCAGAUAAACCAUACAACUGUACUCAAUGUUCAAAAGCCUUCAAAACGCCAUUGCAAUUAAAGAAACAUGAAACAGUUCACACUGGAGCUAAGCCACAUCAAUGUGCUGUCUGUGGAAGAACUUUUAGAGAAAAAGGUACAUUAAGAGAGCAUCACAGAAUACACACUGGAGCAAUGCCAUUUACAUGCGAAUUUUGUGGCAAAUGUUUUCGCUUUAAAGGAAUACUGACUACACACAGAAGACAACACACGGGUGAACGUCCGUAUAGUUGUUUAGAAUGUCAGCAUCAUUUUACAAAUUGGCCAAACUACAAUAAACAUAUGAAACGUAGACAUGGAAUCAAUACAUCACAUACCAAACAUUUAUCACAAUCACAACAAUCAGAAUCGCAACAAUUACAUCAACCGCAGCAACAAUCAGAACAGUCACAAACAGUUCAAUCAAAUACAUCCGAAGAUCCUCUUCCCGUGUCUCCGACGGAAUCACCAACUGUUCAAGUAAUUCAAACUGUGUCGCAUACAUCUACAACUCAACCAAUUGUUGUACAAACUAUACCAACUACUGCAAUUCAAAAUUUUCAACCAGAUGUGUCCAGUACGAUACAAGAUACUGUGUUUCGAGAAAGAAAUGCAACAUACUUUAAUGCAAUGCCAGCAACUUUGCAAAAUUUUUUACCACCCAAUUUACCAUACAAUUUUUAUAAUAUUUCCAAUGUGACAUACAGGGAAUAGUUUCCUUCAACAUAGAUAAGAUAAAAUUGUAUUAUAUAAGUCAGUUUAAGCAAAUAUAUACAACCUUUAAUUGCUUAAGUGACAAAUAUGCAAACAUUUUAAAUGUUGACGAUUCUGUUACCGUGGCAGAAAAUUUGAUACAAACAAAAUGAAAUCAUAACUCAAGCUGUAUAAAUAAUUUACUUUCAGCGAUGAAAAUUACGAUGCAUUUAAAAAUAACAUUACAUAGCGAAAACAGUUUAUUUGUAGAUAAAUGUACAAGAUAAUUCUCAAAAUCA